AUGGGUUCCAGGUUCGAUAAAGCAGUAAGCAUGGAACCUAAUGAGCUAACAGAGCAUGCAAAGAGGGUGCUGGUGACUAAGACUGAUGAUUCUAGGUUCUGCCAUGUCACUGCAACUGGUGGUGGAGAGUUUGAGGUGAGGGAUGGCCAUGUCAAGUUCCCUAUCACCCUUGGAAAUAUGACUUCUGGGAUCCCUUGCAAGCAUGGUCUAAGGGUCAUUUACAACCAAAGACUUGAUUCUAGGGACUUUGUCUCACCUUUCUAUAAGGGGGCUGCAUACAAACUCACUUAUGGAGACCACAUUCACCCCAUGGCUGAUCCAACUCACUGGCCUUCACUAUAUGUGCCAGAAAUUGCACCACCCCAAGGGAAAAGAAAUGCUGGCAGACCACCUAAGCAAAGGAGAAGAGCUGCUCAUGAAGCAAAAAAAGGAAAGAGGCAUAAGAAUAACAAAUGCAGCCUAUGCAAAGAACUAGGCCACAAUGCAAUGACAUGCAAGGCAAAAAAGGCAUCAUCAAAGAAGGAAGCACAUGCAGCUUCCUCUUCACAGCAAGGCAACACAAGGGGGAAGAGAAAGGCUGCUACUUAG